AUGUCUCUGCACGUGCAGCCGCCGCCGCCGCCGCAGCAGCAGCAGAGCAAGCCCAAAGUUGGCUUCAGCAUCGAAUCGAUAAUGAAGGACACCUGUCGGUCGUCGGCCGGCGACAGGACGACACCUAGCGGCGUCUCCCCGCCCGCGUCGUCGCAGCCGCGGCGGGCCGGCGACGUGUCUCCGCUGUACGGAAAGAGACGCCACAGAAGCGUCUCCCCUGCGGAUCGGCGGACGUCGCUUUCGCCGGAGUUGGCACCGUGCCAGCCGUCGCCGACGAGCGACGUAUCGCCGCUGCGCAGAUCCGACAUGAGUCCCGUGUCGUCGGCGCGACUCAACCUCGCGCCGCAGGAACUGACGACGUCGUCGUCGUCGUCGUCGGCGCAAGUACAUCAGUUCCUCAGCAGUCUCUACCACGCGAAGAGCGCCUACCCGGGCGGUGUCCCCGGCGCGCUCGCCGGUCACGUGGGAAGAGGCGGAUAUCCGGCGGGGCAGGCCCUGCACGGGCCACUAGCCGCGCAUCCGUACAUGUUACCGCAGCAAUAUCCGCCGUCACACCUGUCGCAGUACACGUGGCUUCUUGCGCGACAAGGUAGAUUCUACGGACAUCCACUCUCAGGUGCCGAAAACGUCGGCUAUUUCUUCCCGCCCGCCUACCGCAAACCGAAGCGAGUCCGUACGGCAUUCAACCCGUCCCAGCUACUCGAGUUGGAACACGCGUUCGAAAAGAACCACUACGUAGUCGGCGCCGAGAGACGAGAGCUAGCGAAAUCCCUGUCGCUCUCAGAAACACAAGUGAAAGUGUGGUUCCAGAAUCGCAGGACGAAAUACAAGCGAGUGAAGGAGGACGUGGAAGACGAAUCGACGAAGGUCUCGCAACAGAAACCUCCGCCUCCGCCCUCCACCUCGCAUCACAUCGACAAGUGGCGGCAAGACACCCACCAGCCGACGGACGCACGCGGGGAGGAGGCGUAAUGAUGACGUCAGCGGCCGUGCGUCGGGCGUUGAAGAAACUUUGAACGUCACGAAAUCUGCGACCGCGCGGUGACGAAACUAGAUGAGUGAGGUGUCACCAUGGUAGCGACACUAUAUGGGUGAGGUGUCGCGGUGCUAACGACACUAGAUGAGUGAGAUGUCACCAUGGUAGCGACACUAGAUGGGUGAGGUGUCGCCGUGGUAGCGACACUAAAUAGGUGAGGUGUCGCCGUGGUAUAACGACACUAGAUUGGUGAGGUGUCGCCGUGGUAUAACGACACUAGAUUGGUGAGGUGUCGCCGUGGUAUAACGACACUAGAUGAGGGUGACGCGUAUCGCAUAUCCUAUACAUAAGUACCAUGCAAUGCGUGGUCGCUCUGCAACGAAAGAAGGAAGCCGCUGCCACGGACUACAUUGCAUCGUCUCAGGAUCAUCGCACUCCUGGGACGGGAGAGAGAAUGAUGAAGAAAGAGAGAGCCAUCGCAUGAGGAGAGAGCGCGAGAUAGCGAGAGAGAGAGAAGGCCGGGCGAAUAGAUAACGCGAGCGAGGAAGCGAAAGGGAAAAAGAGCA